AUGACACCAAAGCUAAGAGGCAUUAAAACAGAUGUAAUAUUAAUAUCAUCUGUGUUAUUUCUUCAUUCAGAUGAGCUUGCUGUGAUUUGCCAACGUGAACUCAAAUCUAAUCUAAAGAAGAAGUUUCAAUGUGUAUUUGAGGGGAUCGCUAAACAAGGAAACCCAACACUUCUCAAUAAGAUCUACACAGAGCUCUACAUCACAGAGGGUGGAACAGGAGAGGUCAAUAAUGAACAUGAGCUGAGACAGAUUGAGACAACAUCCAGGAAACAAGCAAGACCAGAGACUGCAGUCAAAUGUAACGACAUAUUCAAACCCUUAACUGGACAAGACAAACGUAUCAGAACUGUGCUGACAAAGGGAGUCGCUGGCAUUGGAAAAACAGUCUCUGUGCAGAAGUUCAUUCUGGACUGGGCUGAAGGAAAAGCAAAUCAGGAUGUCCAAUUUGUAUUUUCAUUCCCUUUUCGGGAGCUGAAUUUGAUGAAAGAGGACAAACACACUUUCAUUGAACUCCUCAAUCACUUCUCAAUGGAAACCAAACAAUCAAGAAUCUCCAACUACGACAAGUACAAAGUUCUGUUCAUCUUUGAUGGUCUGGAUGAGUGCCGACUGCCCCUAGACUUCCGGAAUAACAAGAUCUGUUGUGACGUCACAGAGUCAACCUCAGUGGAUGUUCUGCUGACAAAUCUCAUCAAGGGAAAUCUGCUUCCCUCUGCACUCCUCUGGAUAACUACCCGACCUGCAGCAGCCAAUAAGAUCCCUUCAGGAUGUGUUGACCAGGUGACAGAAGUACGAGGGUUCAAUGACCCACAGAAGGAGGAGUACUUCAGGAAGAGAUUCAGUGAUGAGGACCUGGCCAGCAGAAUCAUCUCACACAUAAAGACAUCAAGGAGCCUCCACAUCAUGUGCCACAUUCCAGUCUUCUGUUGGAUUUCUGCAACAGUCCUUGAACACAUGUUGAAACAUAAGAGAGAAGAGAUGCCCAAGACUCUGACUGAGAUGUACACACACCUUGUGGUGUUUCAUACCAAACAGAAGAAUGAAAAGUAUCUUGGGAAAGAAGAGACAGGUCCACACUGGAAUAAAGAGAGCAUUCUGUCACUGGGAAAACUGGCUUUUCAACAGCUUGUGAAGGGCAAUCUGAUUUUCUAUGAAGAAGACCUGAAAGAGGCUGGCAUUGAUGUCAGUGAAGCCUCAGUGUACUCAGGAUUGUGCACACAGCUCUUUAAAGAGGAAUGUGGGCUGUACCAGGACAAGGUGUACUGCUUUGUUCAUCUGAGCAUUCAGGAGUUUCUGGCUGCUGUAUAUGUGUUCCUCUCAUUCAUCAACAACAAUAAGAAUCUAAUGGCCGAACCGCAAUCAACAUUCAGGAACUUAUCUGCGCUGUUCAGAGACAAGCCUAAAGUUACGUUCUACAAGAGUGCUGUGGAUAAAGCCUUACAAAGUGAGAUGGGAAACCUGGACCUUUUCCUCCGCUUCCUUCUGGGCCUCUCACUGGAGUCCAAUCAGAAGCACUUACGAGGUCUAAUGACAAAGACAAGAAGCAGCUCAAAGACCCAUGAAGAAACAGUCAAGUACAUCAAGGAGAAGAUCAGGGAGAAUCCCUCUCCAGAGAGGAUCAUCAAUCUGUUCCACUGUCUGAAUGAACUGAAUGACCAUUCUCUAGUGGAGGAGAUCCAAAGAUACCUGAGAUCAGGAAGUCUCUCAGAACCCAACCUGUCACCUACACAGUGGUCAGCUCUGGUCUUUGUGUUGCUGACUUCAGAAAAGGAGCUGGAUGUGUUUGACCUGAAGAAAUACUCCAGAUCAGAGGAAGGUCUUCUGAGGCUGCUGCCAGUGGUCAAAGCCUCCAGAGCUGCUCUGCUGUCAGGCUGUGGAGUCAGAGAGGAAGGCUGUGCUUCUCUGCUCUCAGCUCUGAGGUCAAACCCCUCACACCUGAGAGAGCUGGACCUGAGUAACAAUGACCUGAAGGAUUCAGGAGUGAAGCUGCUCUCUGCUGGACUGGGGAAUCCCCACUGUAAACUGGAGACACUGAGGCUGUCAGGCUGUCUAGUCACAGAGGAAGGCUGUGCUUCUCUGGUCUCAGCUCUGAGGUCAAACCCCUCACACCUGAGAGAGCUGGACCUGAGCUACAAUCACCCAGGAGACUCAGGAGUCAGACUGCUCUCUGCUGGACUGGAGGAUCCACACUGCAGACUGGAGAAACUCAAUGUGGAACAUGGUGGAGAGAACAGAAUGAAACCUGGACUUAGAAAAUAUGUCUGUGAUCUCACACUGGACCUAAACACAGUAAACAGACACCUCUCUCUGUCUGAGGAGAACAGAAAGGUGACAUGUAGGACAGAGAAGCAGCCGUAUCCUGAUCACCCAGAGAGAUUUGAGGAACGUAGACAGGUGCUGUGUAGAGAGGGUCUGACUGGGCGCUGUUACUGGGAGGCAGAGUGGAGUGGGAGAAGGGCUGAUAUAGGAGUGACAUAUAAAGGAAUCAACAGGAGAGGAAGGGGUGAUGACUGUUGUCUUGGAUACAAUGACAAGUCCUGGAGUCUGUUCUGCUCUGACAACAGUUACUCUGCCUGUCACAAUAAGAAUUCCACUACCAUAGACGUUCCCUCCUCCGGCUCCCACAGAGUAGGAGUGUAUCUGGACUGGCCAGCCGGCACUCUGUCCUUCUAUAGAGCCUCCUCUGACACACUGACCCACCUGAUCACAUUCACCUCCACAUUCACUGAGCCCCUCUAUCCAGGGUUUUGGGUUUGGGAUGAUGGUGACUCAGUGUCCCUGAAAUAAUAACCUGACACACACACACUGGACACACACUGGACACACACA